GAGCUCAUGCAGUUACUAAAGAAGAAAGACGAGGAGAUCGUCGACCUAAUGAGUCGAUUACGAUAUUCUCAAGCCGACUUCCACAACCUGCAAAGGAUGUCCAAGCUCGAAAAGCAAAAAGCGCAGACAUAUGCCGUCACCGCCCUCGCAAAGUCCCUGCUCACAACACUUGACAACCUGCACAUGGCUCUUCACUCUAUCCCCGACUCUAUCCUCGACGUCUCUAAAACUGCUUCAAGCGCAGCAAAGAAACCAGAUCCAGAAUUCUUCACUCCUUCGACCCACACCAGCCUCAAGCAGCUGCAUGAAGGCGUAAUGCUCACACGCAACUCGCUGCUUCAAGCCCUCAAGUCGCACGGAGUCGAACCAUUCGAUGCCAAGGGCGAGGCUUUUGACCCGAAUUUCCAUGAAGCGUUAUUCGAGGUACCUGUGACUGAUGAGAUGGAGGGCAAAGUCGUCGAGGUCAUGAAGGGCGGGUACAAGAUCGGUGAUCGGGUGUUGCGUGCAGCGCAAGUCGGCGUGGGGAAG